AGGGGGGCGACGGCGGGAGCGGUGCCCGCGGGCCUGGGGCUCACCGGCCGUCCUUCUUGGGCCCCCUCCCCAGUCUCCAGGUUCAUGGGGCCGUCGGCGGGCGUGAACGUAGCCGGCAUGGGUUCGCUGACCGGCAUCGCGGACGCCGCCAAGUCGCUCGCACCACUGCACGCGGCCGCGCCGCGAAGGAAGCGCCGAGUGCUCUUCUCGCAAGCGCAGGUCUACGAGCUGGAGCGGCGCUUCAAGCAGCAGAAGUACCUGUCGGCGCCCGAGCGCGAGCACCUGGCCAGCAUGAUCCACCUGACGCCCACGCAGGUCAAGAUCUGGUUCCAGAACCAUCGCUACAAGAUGAAGCGACAGGCCAAAGACAAGGCGGCGCAGCAGCUGCAACAGGAGGGCGGCCUGGGCCCCCCGCCGCCUCCGCCGCCACCGUCGCCGCGCCGCGUGGCCGUACCCGUACUAGUGAAGGACGGCAAGCCGUGCCAGAAUGGCGCGGGCACCCCGACGCCUGCCCAGGGAGGCCAGCAGCCGCAGGCCCCGACGCCCGGCCCGGAGCUGGAGGAGCUGUCGCCCAGUCCACCCGCGCUGCACGGUCCCGGGGGUGGCUUAGCGGCUCUGGACGCGGCUACGGGGGACUACGGCGGAGGCGUCCUCGGCGCCAACCUGCUCUAUGGCAGGACGUGGUGAUGAGCCCCGGGGGUCUGCCUGCGACUGGCAGGAUCUGCCAAGAAACUGCAAGAACGAAUAGGGGAAAAUGGACAGAAGCUGAGCCUUUAGUGCAUGGAGAUCAGGACGAAAGAGUCGCGGAGAGGGUUAGACUGCUUUGAACCUCUUGGCUGGGGGUGGGAGAAGGCUACAGCCCAGGACCGAAUAAUGUGACACCACACUUGGAGGUGGUGAUUUCCCUUCUUUCCGAAGUUCCUAAGUUAUGUGAAGAACUGACGGGAUCCACAUUCACCACGUUCCUAACCAAAGCUCUCAGAGUUUUAGGAGUUGGAAACUUUUGUUGGUGUUUGUAUCUCUAUAAAUCAACCAGCUUUCACGAUGAAUCCUUGAAGUGGAAUUUAUUUUGGGAGAUUAAUUUGCAAAGCCCCUCCCCUAAGUGCAAUUUCGUUAAUGCUUGAUUGAAAGUAAAUUGAAUUGUAGCCCAGAGUGGAUCAUAUACACAGCAACAUGAUUGCCGAGGAAUUACUGCCAUUUGGGUAAAA